UUGAAUAUAUAUAUUAUCAAGCAACAUAGACCCAUUACUUUUUAAUAUAAUGUAAUGAACUUCCAAUUUUUUAGUAGCAUAAGCCCAUUAUUAUUAUUUUUCUAACUUACUAUUAUCCAUGUUUCCAAACAAUAUUAUUUUUAACUACUAUCCAUAUUGCCAAACAAUCUCAAUGUGUACUUCAACUUUAAUAAUAUAGAUAUGCAAAAACUAACAGAUUUAAUUCUUUAUAUAGGUAAAAGUGCAUCAAUCAAACUGGAUUUUAUUUUAAAAUUAAAGAAUGCAUAUAUGUUUAAGAUAAUUAUAUAAAGAAAGUAUGGGCAAAAUUUCAAUUCUUUUUUAUUUUCUUAUUUUUUUGUUGAAAUUUAAUUAUUUUUUCCCUUUUUAUGAAUAUCACAAAAAGAAAGUUCAAGAUUUCUGACACAUGUUAAGUUAGAUUUGGGUAAUCAUAUUAAGAGCUUUGACUGUAAUUUAAAAUUAAAUAUAAAAUUAAUAGGUUAUAAAUAUCACAUCAAAAUAAAUCUUUUAAACAAUUUAUUUAUUUAGUCAAAAAUCAUACAUGAAAGAUAGGGGUUUUCAAUCUGGUAAAACCAAACAACUAAAACCGAACCGAACCGAAUAGAAAAAGUGGUUUUGAUUUGGCAGUACCAAAUAAACCGAAUGAAUGUUAUCUUUAAGAAACUGCAGUAUGUUGAUAUGGUUCAGUAUAUAAACUGAUCCAACCGAAUAAAUCGAUUAAUUAAAAUAUAUUAUUUUACUUAUAGAUAAUUUUUAUGAUAAAAUUAAUAAUAUAUAUAUUAUUUAUUUUCUUAUAUGAUAUUCAUAAUUAAAAAUUUUAUUUUAAUAAUUUGUUAUUUUGUUUUAAGUUAAAAGUUUGUUUUCUCAUUUUCAUCCAAUUAAAUAAAACUUAAUUUCAAUUAUUAUUGGUAAUUAUUUGUGCUAAAAUAUAUUUAUAUAAUAAUAUUAUGGUAUUACUAUUUUUCUUAUUUUUAUUUAAAUAAAACAGAAAUAUUGUAUUUUAAAUUUACAGUAAAGAAUAUAUAUUUAUGUUUUAAUAAAUCUGAUUCCUAAUCAUAUAAGCUAAUUUAUUAUCAGAGAUAAAUAUAGUUAUAUUGUUUUUGGUAUAAUACCGAUAAACCAAGAACCGAUGGUAUAUAAACCGUACCAAACUGAAUUAGAUAUGACUCCAAUAUGGUAGCUAAUUUUUAUAAGCCAAAAUACAAAAAAAACCAAAACAAUCUGAACCAAAAUCGAACUGAAAUCGAUUGAACAGACCAUUGAAAGAUUAUCUUUGACCUGCAUGUUUCUAUGUGUAUAUUACACAGCAGGAAAUUGAAUUCUUGAAAAUUGUAAGUUUUUUUUUUUUGCCAACAAACAGUAAGGUUGUUAAUGUCAAAGAAAAACAGUAAGGUUGUUGACAAAAAAAAGUAUAGUAAGGUACAAUAUUUAGCUUUAAAUAAGGGCUUAUUGGCGUAAUAGCCAUAUUUCAGAGGGAAACCAAGAGAAUAGACAUGAUUUUGACAGAAUAUAAUGACUGUAUUUUUGCCAUCAUUCCAGCCGGUUAUACCCUUCUAAGUAACAAGUACACGGUUCCUUCACAUAAAGUAAACGACGUGGUGAUUUUGUGACCCAUAGUAACAAUGAGAGAAUUUUGGAAGCGCGUGAAAUGAAAAUCAAAGGAAGGAAAAUAUGCAGAGAGAGGAGUAGAUGAAAAUCGGAAGUGUAAAAGAAACAACGUUAAACAAACGGAGAAUGCAAGAAUCGUAUUACCAUACUAUAUAUUUUACAUAGAGUAGUAGAAAUACAGAUAUAGUUCCAAUUCAAAUAGCAUAUGCAUAAUAUAACGACAGGUGGAGUGGAAUUCCGAGAAGAAGAUCUGCUAUUCCAUUUCCGCUAGGUGGAGUGGAAUUCCGAGAACCGGGGCAGAAUUACUACUAUUUCAUGUAACAUAAACCAUGUUAAUUAUAGACUAGCUGCAUAGUAUAUCAUGCAUAUAUAUUUAAGUAAUAUAAUGGGAGAUUGGAGAAUUGUAUUUACAUUCCUAAUGAGUCAGAUGAAAAACCCAAAAACAAAUAUAACGAGGGUGAUAAUAGAACAGUUGAAAGUAAUCACUAAACCUAAGUUAGGGGAAUAUAAACUCCAAGACAUAGAUAACCGAACUCAAACCUGUUUGAAAUUAAAUCCACCUGUCAUAAUAGGUGAGAUAUGUAUUUACACGCUUCAUGAGCAACACCAAAUAUUAAGCUAGGGGAUAUGAUAAUAGAACAGUUGAGUGUAAACACUAAACCCAAGUGUAGGAAAUAUAAACCCCAAUACAUAAGGAAACCAAAUCUUAUGGAAAUAAAAACCUCAUGACCACAUUGAAUAUCAGUGGGAAAAGUAGGUACAAGUCUUAUUGUGAUAUGUAUAUAUUAUUGUAACCAUUCCAUUCCAUAUACGGUAUACUAUGUCAGUUGGAUACAAAUCUAAUGAGAGUGUGGUAAAACUACACUUGACAUUAAACACUAGCUGCAGAGUACAGCAUGUAUAUAUUUAAGUAUUAUAAUGGGAGCUUGGUGACAUGUAUUUACAUUCAUAAUGAGCCAGAUGAAAUACAAAACUAACUGAGGUGAUAAUAGAACAGUUGAGAGUAAUCACUAAAUCCAAGUUAGGGGAAUAUAAACCCCAAGACAUAGGUAACGGAACCCAAACCUUCUUGAAAUUAAAUCCACCUGGCAUACUAGGGGACAUAUGUAUUUAGACGCUUCAUGAGCAAAAUCAAAUACAAAGAUAGGGGGUAUGAUAAUAGAACACUUGACAUCAAAUACUAAACCUAAGAUAGGGAAAUAUAAACCCAAUCCAGCACAAGGAAGCGAAAUCUUUGGUAAACUAAAUACGUGUGUAUUAAUACAUAGAGAUAGGUAUUUACCUUAUUAAUUAGCCACACGAAAUACAUAACAUCAGCUUCUGGUAAUACAACAGUUGAGUAUAAACACUAAACCCAAGUUAGAGAAAUAUAAACCCCAAUACAUAGGGAAACCACAUCUAAUGGAAAUAUAAACCUCAUGACCACAUGGAAUAUGCAGUGGGAAACGUAGAUACAAAUCUUAGAGUGACAUGUAUAUAUUGUUGUACCUUUUCCAUUCGAUAUACUGUAUACUAUGUCACUUGGAUACAAAUCUAAUGGGGGAGUGGUAAAACUACACCUCACAUUAAACACUUAACACAAAUUGAUGACAACAAGUACAUAUUAAAGAGUAGGAGGAUGCCACGUACACCUCUCCAUUAACGAAGAUAUUUUCACCUUCUAAAUUUAAACAAGGAGUAUAAGGUAAUGACUACGGGAAGAGGUAUCUGUAUAGGGUUACGAGAAGACUUUUAUUCAAAUAAUUGUUAACCUUUUUCUUGCCAGUGGGUUCACAGCUUGUCUCAAACAAUCUACUUGGAAGCUCUAACUCGUCCAUAACAAACCUGGAUGUUAUAAAAAAAAGAUAGACAAAGACUGAGGAUGGUUCAUCGUGGCAAAUGCAAUAUAUAAAUGAACAAUGAGCUAAACAGAGGAUGAACCGGGAGAAGAAUGGAAAAUCAUUAUGAGCGGCUUUACUAUUUGAUAUGAAAUGGAAUACUUUGAAAGGCAUACUAUUUGACUUGUUUAGACUAUCUGAAUACUAUUCCACUUGUUACUAAUAGGAACAACAAAACGUACAUGAAGAACCUACUAAUCAAACCACACCCAAACACCAAUUGCAGCAAAUCAAGAAUAAUGAAAAGCUAUAGUGUACGACAUACAAUGGUAUAGUGGGUGACAAAUACUAUUACAUUUGAAAUAGAAACCGGAUCCGGAAAUUCAUACUAUGUCUACUGACAAGAUAAUUCUAAUGAAUGAUAUGCUACAAUCUGCACAUGAAUUACUACACCACAUAGUUCACAACAUCGACAUGAAACAACUCAAAUUUAAGAAACCCUCACACAACCCGGGAAAACUCAAACCCUAAAUCAAUUUAAGAAAUUCCAACCUCCGAGGACGGAAUUCCGUCACCGGAAGUAUGGUAUCCCGGUUCCUUCACGAUGAUACAGACAACAAGUAAAAACCCUAAUUUUGACGAGAUGGAAAACUCAAAUCAGAGAAACGGAGAAGAAGCAUAUGGCGUCCUGAACUUACGGCGGUGUCAGAGAUUUGAGAAACGCGCUACGCUUUGAAGUUGGAGAUACCGGCGGUUUAACUUGCCUCCGCCGAGAACAGAACACAGUAGCGAAGACGGUGACGAAACCGUUAAGCAGUAGAGAAGACAGAGAUGAUCAGAAGAGAGAACGACGGAGAUGCUCAGGGGAUUGCAUGCGGAGGUGAGCGGGUGGAGGAGAAUUGCGGCAGGGGCAUCUUGAGUGCGAAGAACCACCGAUGAAGAAAGUGAGAAUGGAGGUUGUGUGAAAACGGAGAGGACACGAUUUACUUUGGGGGUAAAAAGUAUUUUUUUUUAAUUUUUUUUUUCUAGCAGAUGAGCCGGUAAAUUGGAGAGGGUAUCAAAGUAAUAUUAUGUAUAUAAGACGCCGUGUAUACAUCCGUUAGGGUAAACCACUAGUCUGCUAAUUAUGGUUUUUUUCAUGGCUAUAGGCCUCAAUUUUCUUUUAAAUAAUGGGAAAUUGGGGCACAUGUACAUAACAAAAAAGAAAUAAGAAAUAAAGUGUAUAUCCAUAGCAACAAUUAGGCUAGAUUAGUAUUCUUUGUAUUUUAUGUAAUAUUACUUGUUUUGCCCUUUGAACAAUCUCAACCAUUGAUUUUCAUCUUUCUUUUUUCAUUUUCUUUUUUCCUUUGUCUUUUUUUUCUUCUCCCCCUCCAAAUUUUAUUGAUGUAUAUCUUUUGGAUCAAAUAUAAUUCAACCAAAUAAUUAUGUUAGUAAAGAUAUACAUAUUUUUUUUACAUAUGGCAUAACUUAAAAAUUUUAAAACAGAUUUUUAAACAAUAUCGGACAAAAGAUAUAAUGUACAAUUCAUUAAAAUAAAAUAGUACAUUUAAUUAAACAUAUUUAAAACAAUGUGUUACUAAUACUUAUAGUAGUAGUAUACUAUUCUAUGUACUUAAAUAGUAUAAUUUUUUGGAGCUCCCUCCUCCUCUUCUUCCUCCUUCCUUCUCCAUCCACCUCCUCCCUCCUCUUCUUCUUCCUCUCUCCUCCCGUUGCUCUUACUUCUCAUCCCUCCUUCUCCCUCCACCUCCUCCUCUUCCUCUUCUUCCCCUGCUGCUCUUCUUCCUCAAAUGCACACUACUUUUGUAUAUUUUUCUAUACUAUUUACUUAAUAUACAUAGUACGGUAUAAUACAUAACUUUUAAUAAUAUGUUAGAUGUACGUGCCAUGCUCCCAAAGAGAACAAAGUCAAAAAUGUGUCAAAUUGUCCCAUCAAAUAGUGAUUACUAUAGUAUGGCUAUAUUUUUUAUUUUAUGUUCUCUUAUGUAUAUACAACAAAUUCUCCCUUAAAUAAUUAAGGUGCCAUAUUUAGCUUUAAAUAAUUAAAAUACAUUAUCCCUUCAUUUAUAUUUUCAGUUCUAACCAUGUGUCAUCCUAUAGAGUUAUUCUUGGGUUCACCCUCUAUACGCUAACCAAUAAAAACCUGAUAUGUAUCAUAUUUUGUUUAUGAAAAAAUAGAAAAUGAUAUUAACUACAAAAAAACAUUUGACAUUGCAAGAUUUUAAUCCCUAAACCUUAUAGUUCAAAUUCUAAACACUGAACCCUAAAUCUUCUAAUUAACACUAAACUUUAUAGCUCAAACUCUAAACACUAAACCCUAAACCCUAGAGUUUAAGGUUUAUGGUUUAGAAUUUUUAGAGUUUAGGGUUUUAUGUUAACCCUAGGUUUAGGGUUUUGUGUUUAGAAUUUGAGUUAUAAAGUUUAGAGUUAACUCUUUUCCGUAGAAAGAGAGAGGAGGAGAAGCAAACUCAAAACCUUAAACGUUGUCAGCAAAAUCAUACUCUAAAAAUCCUAAACCCUAAACUCUAAAUCCUUGGGUUUAGGGUUAACCCUAGUGUAUAGGGUUUAGUGUUUAGAGUUUGAGUUAUAAUGUUUAGUGUUAAUCCUAUGAAUUAGGGUUUAGUGUUUGAUUUUUGAGCUAUAUGAUUUUGGGCUUAGAAUCUUGCAAUGUCAAAAAAAUUUUUGUAAUUAAUAUUUCUUUCAUAAACAAGAUAUGAUACGUGGCAGCUUUUUAUUGGUACGUGAAUACACAUUUUUCGUCGUAAUGCAUAGUCGUUAUGACUACGUUUCUUGUAGUGUCCACACUGUAGGGAUGAAAGAGUGUGCUUCAAGACCUAAUCCCUUGCAUCUUCAGCUAAUCGAGUUCCUUAUCAAGAAGUUUUGUUUCUGAAUUGCACAUAUUUUAGAAGUCUGGCUGGAAUUGCGGUAUCUAACAUUGACUAGGCCAGACAUACAAUAUGUAUUCAAUUAGGUGUGUCAAAAGAUGCAUGCUCCCACUGCUGAAGAUUUUACAAACCUCAAAAGAAUUUUAUGAUAUCUCAAAUGGACAGUUACAAUGGAUGUUUUCUUCGACAAAUAUACAGACUUCACUCUCACCGCUUACAGCAACAUCGACUGUGAGGUUGUCCAGACUAAAGACGUUAUAUUGGAAGUUUUUGCACUUAUCUGGGUCAGAACCUCAUCUCUUGGUCAUCCAAGAAACACCCAACUGUUUCAAAAAGUUCCACCGAGGCUGAGUAUCCCUCACUCUCUGAAACCGCUUCAGAAUUGACUUGGAAAGGAGCUGGGUAUUUCUAUUCCUGUUACAAUUCAGCUGUUUCGAAACAAUCAUUCGUCAGUUUACUUAACUGCCAAUCCGAAUUUUCACAGAGAACCAAGCGUUUUGAAACAUAUUUUCACUAUGUUUGUGAGAGUGUGGAAUUGGGUUCUUUUGUAGUCAAACACAUUCCAUCAAAUCUUAAAUUCUUGAUAUCUGUACUAAGUCAUUGCCCAUUGAUCUAUUUUCUGAGCUUCGGCACAAACUCGGUGUGGGAACAAACUCAGUGUUGAUUUCCCUCCCACACCGAGUUUGAAAGGGGGUAUCAGAAAGGAAUACAUCAAGCCUCCAAAAUAUAAUCAGAGUCUCUCCAAAACGACAAGGGUUUAACUGAUCAGACAAUGGGCCGCAAUACUCAGCCCAUCAAGUUGAAGUCUGCUAGCCGUCCUCAACGGUCGGAUUCUCUACGAAAAGGGAAAAGCAUCUUGAUGACAAAGGACAAUAGUAUGACUGGAUCUCCUCCUUUACAGCUGAGCAGUUGCUUUGCAGCCCUUGAUAUCCCAGAAUUAUCAGGAUCGUUAUAUUUGUACUAGGAACUAGGGUUUAUGCUUUGAUGUAUAUAUGUCUUUCUCAAUUCUUUAAAUGGCUAAUCCGAAAUCAUUUUCAGAAAUUAAUCAAAGAAUAUUUUAUCUUUGAUAUUUUUGGCUUCUAUUUUCAAAAAGGAGAUAAAAAUCCUGUAAAAUGAAAAAAAAAAACGGGAUCCAUAAUAAGUUAAGAGGAUGAAACAAAAGUCUACAAAAUCGUUAAUGAGAUAAAAAAAAAUUAAAAAGCGAGUCAAACUUAAAGAAAAACAUUAGUGUAAAACUAAAUAAAGGAUUCACAAAAAAGGUGAAAACACAACAAUUUUCUUAGCAAAAGAAAAAACAUAUCAACAGUUUAUUUCUGAAACAAAAAAAAAUUUGUAUUUAAAAAAAUAAAUAAUAUAUAAAUAUAUUUAAUUUACCAAAAUCAAAACUAAAAAAAUAACUCUUUGUGAAGCUGAAAACCCCCUAGUAAAUCAAUAAACUAUCAUAGUCAAACAUUAUUAAUUUAUAGAAUUUUUACUAUAUUUCUUUUUUUGAUCGGUUGGGUGAUAUUUUUUUUAUCCAUUUGAAUAUAAAAAUUUGUAACAAAGUUUUGUCUUUAUAUAUAACUUUAUCUCUUAUUUUUCCUAUUAUCAUAUAUCGUGAUUCUAAAUUUAGUUAAUGUAUUAUUUUAAUUUUCAUGUAUAUAGCUCAAAGCUCUUUGAAAUAAUUUAAAAUAUAUAACUCAUAGGAUUUGAUUGUUUAUUAGUGUAGUAACUCAGAGUAACUAAAGAAGAGAUAAUGAGAGGGAAAAAAUAUGGGAAAUAGAAAAGAGAAAGCAUAAAUUAAACCAUUUUCAACGAAACAAUAAAAUAUAUAUUUUUCAUUUGAUUGGUGAAAUAUUAGCAGAAGUCAAUGUAAAUAUGUUUACCUCUAAAUGUAUCACUAAAGUAUCUCGAUAUAUGUGACAUACAGCACAACCAUAAUCUUUUUCUUAUUCUAAAAAGAAAAUUUACUAUCUUUGAUUUAAACUAAUCAUAUUCAUAACUUCUGUUUCAACUGUGGGAUAGACAAAAACAAAAGCAAACAAAAAGAGACGGAUCUUGUUAGAUCUGUUCUUACUGUAAACUCCUAAUUUUAGGAAAAAAACUUGUAGAUAAGAAGAAAAACCAUGGCUGUUUAUAUCUUCUAAUCUAGUUUUCAUCCCUGGGAUAUAUAUUUAACCAUAACAGAUAAUUAAUUAACUAAGUAUUUGUUUUAACAGUCAAUAGUUUUUAGUUUCUGUUGUGAGCAUUACACAUUUAUUUAAACCCUUUCAUCCUCCCAAUGAUUCCAUCAUCCACAAGAACCAAAGUUCAUCUGCCAGUCAUACUCUGUUCUAUUAAUUAAUUUCAUUGUCUUGCAAUCAUAGCGAAGACAAUGAGUUCCUCUGGAAUAGAAAAAGGUGUUGUUACUACAGAGGUCGAGGCGCCGAGGGGGAAUAGAAGCCGGUUUGCUUUUGCAUGUGCAAUCUUAGCCUCCAUGACUUCAAUCAUUCUUGGUUACGACAUUGGAGUGAUGAGUGGAGCUGCAAUUUUUAUAAAAGAAGAUUUGAAACUGUCAGACGUACAGCUUGAGAUUCUCAUGGGAAUUUUAAACAUCUACUCCCUGGUAGGUUCAGGCGCCGCGGGGAGAACUUCUGAUUGGAUCGGGAGACGAUACACCAUAGUGUUGGCAGGAGCCUUCUUCUUUUGUGGUGCCCUUCUCAUGGGGUUUGCCACAAAUUAUCCUUUCAUUAUGGUUGGCCGUUUUGUAGCUGGUAUUGGCGUCGGUUAUGCUAUGAUGAUUGCACCGGUUUACACAGCUGAAGUUGCUCCUGCUACUUCUCGUGGUUUUCUCAGCUCUUUCCCUGAGAUAUUUAUCAACAUUGGUAUACUUCUUGGGUACGUAUCAAAUUACUUUUUCUCCAAGCUUCCGGUGCAUCUUGGGUGGCGGUUCAUGUUAGGUGUCGGAUCAAUUCCCUCGGUGUGCCUAGCCAUCGGAGUGUUGGCAAUGCCUGAGUCUCCGAGAUGGCUAGUCCUCCAGGGUCGCAUUGGGGAUGCUUUUAAAGUUCUUGACAAAACUUCAAACACCAAAGAAGAGGCCAUCUCUAGACUCAAUGACAUCAAACGGGCUGCCGGAAUCCCAGAGGACAUGACAGACGAUGUUAUAGUUGUUCCCAACAGGAAGAGUGCCGGAAAAGGCGUGUGGAAGGAUCUUAUUGUCCGGCCAACCCCUGCUGUCCGACAUAUCCUAAUAGCAUGUCUCGGUAUCCAUUUCGCUCAGCAAGCCUCCGGAAUUGACGCGGUCGUCCUUUACUCUCCGACCAUCUUCCAAAAGGCUGGCCUGAAAUCCAAGAAUGACCAGCUCUUGGCAACUGUUGCUGUUGGAGUUGUCAAAACACUCUUUAUUGUUGUAGGGACUUGCGUGGUCGAUCGGUUUGGACGUCGUGCCUUGUUGCUCACGAGUAUGGGCGGAAUGUUUCUUUCCUUGACCGCGCUUGGGACUAGUCUUACAGUCAUCGACAGAAAUCCAGGACAGACACUCAAGUGGGCUAUUGGGCUUAGCGUUACAACGGUAAUGACGUUUGUAGCAACAUUCUCAAUAGGUGCAGGACCAGUGACGUGGGUCUACUGCUCAGAGAUAUUCCCUGUGAGGCUAAGAGCUCAAGGGGCAAGUUUGGGAGUGAUGUUGAAUAGAUUGAUGAGUGGUAUUAUCGGAAUGACAUUCCUAUCGCUUUCUAAAGGUUUGACCAUUGGUGGUGCAUUCCUUCUCUUUGCCGGAGUUGCUGCUGCUGCAUGGGUCUUCUUCUUUACUUUUCUUCCAGAGACACGAGGUAUGCCUUUGGAAGAAAUGGAGAGUCUUUUCGGGAGCUACACUGCAAACAAGAAGAAAAAUGUUACGAACGAAGGUACAGAAGUGGUUGAGGAACACUGAUAAUUAAUAAUGAAAUAUGUUGUUGGGAGUAUUGGGGACGUUUCAUAAAUUAAAUAAAAAAACAUGUGUAAAUAAUGUAUGUAUCCAUCUAGCUCAACUUGUUAACUAAGUUCAACUUUAUUUUAAUGAGAAUGUGAGUUCUGCUGCUAUUUUUUUUACAUCGACAAUCACAUAAAAACCCUACAAAGAUAUAGUCAUCACACAUAUGGGAGAACGAUCUUCAAUAGACUCAUCGCUUUUUAUUUUCUCAUAACAAAUAUCUAUCUAUAUAUAUAAAGUAUAAGAGCAUGUUUAUAGGCGUUCCUUAGGUGAGGUUGUUAACAUAAAUGGAUUAUUUAAUUAAAGGAAACAUGUGAUUUAAGCUUGAGUCGUCCCUUAAUUAGGAGCGUGAAGGCACCGUCCCUUCUUGCCAGGUGUCGCAAUUCUACUGGGAAAAGAAAAAACACGCUCCCACCAUUUCAUCUUUUUUCAUUUGUUCGAGUGUUGUUUCGUUUCUCUCCUCUCUCUGCGAAAGACGAAUCGAUGGCGAUUCCCUCCUUUCCGUGGCUCUCCUUGACGGAACGACGACGGCUCUAUCGGUGGGGCUCGGCGACGAAGGAAAACCGCGGUGGGUCUUGUCGUUGUUUGAAGACGGCAAGAAACGUCGAGAAACGGCGACAGACGGCGACAUCUCUCUCUAUCGGUGACUCUCUGAGACGAUCUAUACCGGCGACUGUUGCGGCUGAGGCGAAUCGAAAGUGAAAUUGAUCAAGCGGCAUCACACAGGUUCUCUUUCUCUCAGUUAUUAAUUUGAAAUACAAAGUUUCAGAAUAUUUUUUGAUUUGUGUCUGUUUUCUCUUGAGGUGGAUUGAUCAAGAUGCUGUCCGAGAGAGUGUGUGUGGGGGUUAAGGUAUAUUUAGCUGUUUGUGUGUGGGGGUUAAGGUAUAUUUAGCUGUUUGAUCAAGAGGCUGUCCGAGAGAGUGUGUGUGGGGGUUAAGGUGGAUUGAUCAAGAGGCUGUCCGGCGACUGUUGUUGUCUUUGUAUAGUGUUCAUGGGUCUUUGGAGUUCACGGGUCUUUGCACUCUUGUCGUUGAUGUUCUUAUAUAUACUUAACAUUAUGAUCACAAGCCAUUGCCAUCUCACUUUC